AUGAGAGCAGCGCUUCGCCCAGGCCUUCCUGGCCGUUUGCUCCAGACAAGACUGAAAGUGCUGUCUUCUUCUACUUCUGCUUUGGCCUACAAGACCUUGCACAGAAACCUGAAGAGACCUCCGUUGCCUACUUUUGACACGCCCAACUGGUCUGCGGACGCUGCUGUUUCGUCGAUUUUGUACGAGACGCCUUUCCCUAGUAAGGCUCCUAGAAAGCAGCAUGUGCUCAACUGUUUGGUUCAGAACGAGCCUGGUGUGUUGUCUUCUGUUUCUGGUCACUUGGCUGCUAGAGGCUUCAACAUUGACUCGCUUGUGGUGUGCAACACCGAGGUCAAGGACUUGUCUCGUAUGACCAUUGUGUUGGGCGGUCAGGAUGCCGUGGUCGAGCAGGCCAGAAGACAAAUCGAGGACUUGGUGCCUGUUUACGCUGUGUUGGACUAUACCAACGCAGAGAUUGUCAAGAGAGAGUUACUCUUGGCCAGAAUCUCUCUUUUGGGCCCAGAGUACUUCCAGGAAUUGAUUGCUGCCCACAACUCCCACACAUCUGACGGCUCUGCCGUGCCAGACUUGAGCGCUACCGAGUCUGAGUUCCACCCAAGCAACUUGCCUCCUUCUGAAGCCUUGAGACAGAAACACACCCAUUUGCAGAACAUUUCCGUGAUCACCGAGAAGUUUGGCGGCCGUAUUGUCGAUAUCUCAGACAGAAACUGUAUCGUGGAAGUCAGCGCCAAGCCCUCGAGAAUCAGCUCUUUCAUUCAAUUGUUGCAGCCCUUUGGUAUUUUGGAGAUCGCCAGAUCUGGUAUGAUGGCGUUGCCCAGAACACCUUUGGACCUGAGCCACUUGGAAGACGAUGCCUUAGACGCCAACGACAUUGUGGACGCUUCCCAGUUGCCUCCAGGUUAA